GCUGUCUGUUUUUGUUUCUGGUUAACCUCAACGCAGCACAAACGAAACAUUUUGCAUUUGUUUAAAAAUCUGAUAUGAAUUCGAACCCGGCGACCUGCCUGAUAUGCCUGAAAAAUAACUACAACGAGACGAACUUGGUCUUAGUCGACGUAUUCACGCAGGAAUGGAAUAAUGUGACCUAUUUGAAUAAGCUACAGAGUGUAUUGAGUGCAGAAAUAACAGUCUUUGAGGAGACGCUAAUCUGCAGUGCUUGUGUGGACGAAUUAAAUAAGGCGUAUGAGUUUAAAGAAAGGGUUGUAAGCGCUUUGGAUUAUUGGAGCACGAAAUUCGAGGAAACAGUUACUUUCAGCAGUAAGGACAACGGACAGGAAGUGAUUGAUAUAAAGGACAAUAAUGAGAUUAAUGAAUUAAGUUCUUAUACCGAAGAUAUUGUUACUGCAGUAGAGCAAGACGUGGAAGUCAAAAAUGAAUCAUUAGAAAUUAAAGACCAAGGUGCAGGGAACGACUUGGAUUUUUCAAAUUUCCCUUGCCGCAAGUGCAAAGCUGUGUUUUUCACAGCUUCCGAGUUGGUCAACCAUGUUUGCGAUAAUAAAAGGACAAGUGUACCGGAUAAGAAAGUCGGGAAACGCAAGAAACAAAAACAGGGUACCUAUAAAUGUAAUUUUUGUGAUUUACACUUUUCCAAAGUGUGGAAAUUAACCAAGCACUUUGAAAUACACGACUCAGACAAGAAAUUCGUAUGUAACAUAUGCAACCAUGCUUUCAAACAGUCGUACCACUUACGGGAACACAUAACGACUCACACCGGGGAACGUAACUUUACUUGUGAGGUGUGCGGCAAAAAAUUCCAACGGUUGUCGUCGCAGAAAAGGCACAUGCGUACCCACAAUGCUGCUCCUGGAGAAAAGUCGAAAAAGACACCGUUUUUGUGCAACAUAUGCGGUAAAAGUUUUCCUUACUCCAACGGGGCCCAGAGACACAUGCGGAUACACACGGGAGACAAGCGGUAUAGGUGUGACGUUUGCAAUAGAACCUUCAAUCAGUCCACGCAUUUGAAAGUACAUUUAAGGACACACACGGGUGAGAGGCCUUAUAUGUGUAAUAUAUGCGGCGAUACGUUUUCUUUGAAAGCGUCUCUACAUAAACAUAUGAACGGACACAACGAGGCAAAGAACGAUGUGAAAAUCUUUCAGAACCUGGAGCCGAAUCUUAGUCGGACCAAGUGCGAAGAUGACGACGAAGAAAAGAAAGAUUUCAUUAUCGAUGAUCUACCUCUAUACGACCAAGGCUUUCUUAUUACCUGCAGCCAAUAGAGGGUUGUUUUUGUUAAUCUGUAAUUUCUGUUUUAUUUGUAAAUAUAAAUGGUU